CCUCCGUGCUCCGUGCCGUCCCACCUGUCGCCGCAGGCAAAUCGCGAGCGGACACGAAAGCGCAGGCUGUCAAUUACAACACACGUUUGACGCACAUGACAUGUUUGAGGUAUUGCGCGGCGAUCGAAACAUGAUAGAAUAGCCGCGAAAGAUGUGGGGAAACUAUUGGGGCGUCUACAAUGCGCUGUGCGUGCUCGUCACCCUCGUUCACGGCCACGAUUUUCGGCACUUCGACGACACGGUUAUAUUCAAGAUCAACUGGCCCGGGAAGAGCGACACGGAACUGCUGGACCCUCUGCCGAACGCCGAACCGUAUUUCAUCACCACCGCGAACAACGAGCGAUACAGGUGCGUCAUCCCGGACGCGACGGAGGAGGAGCAUGAGUACAGCGAGACGUACGACGGGCCGAAUCCGGUACAGCUUCUGCUGCCGAUGUUUGCGCAGAACAGCUGUUCCUACAGGCUAGAGUCAUACUGGACUUACGAGCUGUGCCACGGUAGAUUUGUGCGGCAGUAUCAUGAGGACAGAGAAGGAAAGAAGAUCAAGAUGCAAGAAUAUUACCUCGGCACGUUGGACACGGAGCAAAAGGCGAAGCUCUUGGCCUAUUAUAACGAGCAGGCGAAGAAUCCGAACAGGAAGUCGAAUAUACCCAUCAAGAAGAUCGAUGGGAUUAAUAUGCCGUACCUCGAGAUCGAGAUGACCGACGGCACGAUGUGCGACUUGAAUAACAAGCCGAGAAUCAUCAAGGUACUGUACGUCUGUUACAAGCACGGUAAACACGACGUGUAUUCGCUGAAAGAAACCAUGUCCUGCGAAUACGAGGCGAUCGUACUGUCGCCGGUGUUGUGCAAUCAUCCCGAUUACAAGCCGCAAGACACCGGGGAGAAUGAAAUCACAUGCCUGCCCGUGGACAAUGCGCCGAGGAAACCAAAGUCGCUUAUGGUGAUGGAGCUCGACAGUCUAAAGAUGCGACAUCAACAAGCGAGGGAUGGCGAGCCAAGAGUGAGGGUUGAGAUACAUCCACUGGAUGUCCCGGAUAAGCAUGGUAGUAUCGACGAAUCUAUCAAUGCAAUACAGACUGAUCAGAAUAUCAGUCCUGCCGAAGUUAGUCCUGUCCAGAAUUUCCUCAGCGGAAAGAACUGCCUGAACGGAGGCAAUGGUUGGUGGAAGUACGAGUUUUGCUACGGACGUUCUGUCGUUCAGUACCACAUAGAACGAGAUGGCACAAAGACGAUUGUCAAUCUUGGUAGAUUUGACAAACAGAAGCAUUUGGAUUGGAUCGCCGCGCAUCCACACAAGAAACCUAAACCGUUAGAAUUAAGGAAACACCUCUCACACUUUUACAGCGACGGAAGUAGCUGUGAUAAGACUGGAACUUCUAGACAAACCGAAGUAAAAUUGAAAUGCGUGGAGAACCAUACUGCAAGCCCAUCCAGUGUAUCGUUAUUUUUACUGGAACCAAAAACGUGUGAAUACGUUCUGGGAGUCGAAUCACCGUUAAUCUGUGAUAUCUUAGAAUACGCCGACGAAAAUGGACUUCUGAGCGACAAGUUCGAAGCGAAUUUCGAUAAAUUGAAGUCUACGGCCUUGCACGCGGAACAGGACAAUUUAGAUGAGCGAAUAGCUAACGGAGACGAUUAGAGCAAUUGAUUUGUUUUCUUAAUGUUGAUUAAAAAUCAUCAAAGGCAUUGUUUAAAUAUCGUAAUUAUAAAAAUGAUUUAUUGAGUAUAAAAAAAGUUACUUUCUAUAAAACACUAAUGAGUGAGAUUGAAAUUACUUUACUAAGUUACACAUGAUUGCGUUUGGUAUUGU